GGUGCGGCGGCGAGACUGAGCGCCGCGGCGCCGCAUAGCGAGCCAGCCAGGGAAAAAUGGCCGCAUUUUAGUCGACACGCGAAGGGAAGCGCUCUCGCUCUCUCCUUCUUACUCGCCGCGCCGAGCCACUCGCUCUUUUUCUUUACUGUUUGCCAAUCGCCGUUCCUGGGAGGAUUCGAGUCGCGCAUCAUCGGAGGGACAUCAACAAUCAUCAUCGGCGCAUCGUCAGCUGCACUUGACGACACACGACCUCGUCGUCUAAGAUACCUACCCGUUGCUGCAUAGCCGGCUCUCUUACUCUCUCUCUCCUCGAUCAAAUCGUCGGCGCGCUAUAUACACCUAUAGACGGGGAACCUAUACACUUGUACCCGCGCUAUAGCUGCUCUCUUCUCUCGCACCGCUGAUCCGCCGGAGAGGAGAGACUCGCCGCCGUCGACGUUGCAGAGACUCCUCGUCGAGUAGAGGAGCACAGGAGAGAGACGUCCCUCUGGUAAAAGGUAAUGCGUCCAAUGCAACAGGCUUCGAUGGCCCCGACACACCAGCCUGUGCAACAUCCGCAUGCGCAUUCGCAUCAUCACCAUCAACAGUUGUUGACCAUGGCUCAUCAGCAGCAUUUUCGUCAUAUGCAGCAGCAACACCCCAUGACCAUGUCCACCCCACGAAUGUUGAUGGGUAUGAACUCUCCGAAUCCCAACGAGAGUCGACAUAUUUUAACUGUGGUUAUAUUGGCCUGUCUUCUUCUAUCCUGUGAUGCUAAAGUUCACCGACCAUCGCUACUAGAUAGUAUUGAUAGCUUGGAACUUUUUUUUGGACCAAGUGGGUGCAUAGAAGGCACGUUGGCGUUGGUUAACGUUGGCUUGAAAGAUCAGGCAAAUGCUAUGCCUAUGACCCUCCAGAAUCCGAACCACCAUUCUUUGCAACAGCAGCAGCAACAAAAUAUUGAACAAAAGAAGAAUGCUACUGAGGAUACUGGCGAGUCAAAGGACGACGGCUCAGGUAGCCAGCAACAGGGCCAGGCCAACUCGACCAAUGCCAACUUGGCAAACACCCGAGAAAAAACGCCGAUGUGCCUGGUGAACGAGCUCGCCAGGUUCAACAAAAUCCAGCACCAAUACAGACUGACAAACGAACAGGGGCCCGCGCACAAGAAGCGCUUCACUGUCACUCUGAUGCUCGGCGAAGAAGAGUACGUGGCCGAGGGGCCGAGCAUCAAGAAAGCCCAGCACAGCGCUGCCAGCGACGCCCUCACCAAAACCUGGUACAGGAAGCCGCCACCAAAACCCACCAGAGCCAUGAGGAUACCCGGCAAGUGUCCGGCUGGUUCUGGAGGACACUUGCCCCCAACGGUGGAGCUUAAUGCUCUCGCGAUGAAGAGAGGCGAGCCAACGGUGUAUACAUUUAGACAUGCACCCCCAGCAGCAGCUACUGCACCGCAACAGUUCGUCGCACACGGCUAUAGCAACUUUCCGCGUAUGUUUAAUCCUCGAUAUCCCGCUUAUAACCGCGGCUUCAACCCCGAGCCUCAAGGAAUAUAUCUCGUUACGUUGAAGGUUGGUGAGAGAGAAUUUAUUGGUCGAGGCGUAACUGGACAGGCUGCGCGUCAUGAUGCAGCGAGUCGCGCACUUGAGCAGUUGCGUCAGUUGCCCCUGCCGGAGGAAUUGGCGAGCUCGACCAUAACGACGGAGAAUGGCGCAGGUAACGGCACGGGCGCCGGUAUCGACGAUCCCAAUGCUGAGCUAAAAAGCCCCGUUUCCCUAGUGCAUGAGACCGCACUGAAACGCGGCCUCUCAGUUAGUUUUGACGUCGUCUCCGAAACUGGCAAGCCGCACAUCAGAACUUUCAUGACAAGAUGUACCGUCGGUGAUAAGGUCACUCUUGGUGAGGGAUCCUCGAAAAAGGUGUCGAAGAAGCGUGCCGCUGAACUGAUGCUGGAAGAACUAAAGCGGCUGCCUCUGGUCGCUGCACCGAUACAGAACCGCACUUUGCGUUUAAAGCGAAAACCACCAGCGACUAAGAAGAAGUCCCGAAACCUGAUCAAGGUGUACCAGGAGCCACGUACCGAAGCUGAUAGCUCGGAAGAAGUGAACCCGAUUUCGCGUCUUGUUCAAAUUCAACAAGCCAAGAGAGAACGUGAGCCCGUCUACAAUCUCGUUGAAGAGAAAGGCGCGCCACGACGACGCGAAUUCGUUAUGGAAGUAUCGGUUGGCCAACAUUCGGCUCAAGGCACCGGACCUAACAAAAAACUAGCAAAGAGAGCUGCAGCCGAGGCACUGCUUGCGACAUUGGGAUACAGCAAGCCCCAGCCUCAACCUGCCAAGCCGUCCAUAAAGACCAGUAGCAGUGGCAUCGGGGGUGGCAACGGUGCAGAAAACAAGGAAGGUGUAGGUGAGGGCAAGCGAAAGGUCACGUUUGUCGAGGUUGACACAAGUAACGAAACAACGCACACCCACCCUCAAGGAGGAUCUAUUGGACGCCAAUUAGUUCCUGGUCUUCUCCUGGUGGAUAACGGCACCGAUUCCAAGGUUAUCAGUGGACCAAGCGUUCAAGUUGUCGCUGAGGAAUUGCGCGGCCAGCAGCCUCCUCAGUCGACUGGUGUAUCUCCGAAGGAUCAGCUUAAAUAUCUCGCUCAACUGCUAAAUUUUGAAGUACAAUUCAGCGAUUUUCCAAAGGGUACCUACAAGGAAUACCUGUCGCUCGUGUCACUGAGCACGGAUCCGCCCCAGGUGUGUCACGGGCAUGGGCCCACUAAAAGCGCGAGUCGUGAUCAGGCGGCUCUCACAGCCCUGCGCACCCUUAGCAAGCUCGGCCUCGACAGUGUUACCAACUCUGGUGCCAAGAAAGAUAAGUCUAGCGCCAAUGCCAACGACGCUGGCAGCAUGCACGUCUAUGGCCAGCAGGUUAAGACUAACAACGUGAUUAACGGCGCGAUGGACAAGUGAAAAAGAACAGGACACCCUUCCUCUUUCUUUCUUUUUUAACUACAGUUUCCCCGCGCGUACUGUAAAAGCUUUCUCCUAUAUCAUUUACUUUUAGUAUCGUUUUUUUAGCUUUAAACGCAUUCAGUGAUGUGCAACGUAAAUCGAUAACGUGAUCAUGUUCUUUUGGAUUAUACUUAUGCGAAUUUUACUGGAAUGAUGUUGCUGUCGUUGUUUAUUUUACCUGUAAGUGAGAAAGUCAUUGUUUUUCAUUGCGACAAAAUGGUCGGCAGUUUAUUUAACAAUUAUAACGAUCUGUUUAAAUCAACAAAUUAAAGCAUUGACAAAUUUGAAAGUAACUUAUCACUUACCUAAAUUAUGCGAUGUCAACGUUAUGCUUUAGAUCGUUUACUUUACUGUAUAAUAAUGUUAUUCCAGUAAAUUGUAAAUUUUUUUCGUUAAAAUCAUCGAUUUAAGAUGUGUUUCACUGAACGCGUUUAUAAUCAAUUGUUUUAGUUUGAGAGUUGAUCAAUGCUAAAUUUGAUGACGGCAAAUCGUUAAAACAAUAUUGUACUGCUAACAUUUAUCAACACUCAAUACGUUAAACUAUCUUUAAUUUUUUUCAUUUUAUUUUAAUCAAACAUACGGAAAAGUAAAAGACGCUCAUUGUGCAUGGAUUAGCUUGAAUACGUAGGCUCACUUCGCAGAAUUUCUGGCUUGAUGCGAGAAAAAAAAGAGAUAAACUUUUGCAUAUUUUUUGUAAAGGAAGCGUGAGAUGUAAACGAGUAACGAGGGCUUAACUUGAUCAAACUGCGAAGUGAAUCUACUAGCGAAAAUUUAUUUUCGACGAUGAUCACUCUUGAAGAAUAUUUUUUUCUUGCUUGUGAUCACAUCAAUUUUUUUUUAUUAUUUCGGAUACAUGUCACAAAGACGAACAAAUUCGCAAUUUGGAUAAAAUGCGGCCAUAUCUCAACCCCUUAAUGAGUUAAUUAACCGAUACCUUGACUCUGUCAUUGUCAUGAAUGUAACAUAAGCUAUGUCCAAUUACCUAAUCGUAGAAUCCGUAGUAAUUAUUGAUUGAUUUUGCUUUCUCUUGACAUUUACUUUGAGUCUCGUUCUGCGAACGAGAAUUGUGAAAGUUGCGAGUAUUGCUGGAGCAAGCGUAUAUUUAAAAAAAGAGAAAGAAAAAAUGUAUUUAAAAAAAAGCAUAAACUUGGAAAAAAUAUUAAAAAAUAGGUAAUUCGAUGUACGAUAAUUUUUCUGUCCCAAUUUGCUUUUUCUCGGGGCCUAGAAGCAUUCUGGGAUUAUAUUCAUGUUAAUGCCAUGAGGGGUAUUAGAACGUAAAGAGAAAAAAACACGCGAAAUAACAAGCCGUUUGAAAUUUUCUCGAGCCACUUGCACGAAAUCGUAUCGAACACAGUUGGUGGCUCGAUCGAUCGGAAAAUUUCAAAGGGGAAGGUUUUCUAUUAGACUUGUAAUAAUGAACCACUUUUGGGCCAAUAUCUUGAAAUUCUUCCCCGUUGUGUUAGGAUUUAGCGCGACGCCGCAAGCGUUUAAAAAGUUAUAUUACAACGUCGCAAGACAAUUCUGAGACAACGUCAAGCGAAUUUUGAUCUAUUGCCCGAAUAAAGAGUGAAGAAGAGAAACAGAAAAAAUCCUUAAGAAAAUAUGUACAAUAAUGAAUGUAGGCGACUUCGAGCGUCGGUACACAAGUUACUGAAAUUUUGGUAAUAUGCAAAAAUCAUUUUUACAAGCAAAUAAAUGUUAUAAUUCGCAUAAAAGUCUGAUAAAUGCCGAAUAAAGAUUCAUUUUGUGUAAUUUUCAUUUAAUUUAGCAUGCUACUUGCUGAUUCGCGAUUUAUACAUUAACUUUUUAUACUAGGAAAUUAAAUCUUAGAUGUCGAUACAAUUUGCUCCUUAAAAGCAAAACGAAAGGAGACAUUGAUGAGUAUGACAAAUGGUUAUUCGGCGUUUAUCAGGAAAUCGUAGAUGAUUUCUAUUAUUUUAAAUUAACUGCGUGAAAGAAGUUAUCAAGAAAUAUAAGAGUACGAAUUCUACAGUCAAAAGUACUCAGACAUUUUUCGAUUGAUAACUUUAAUUUCCAUGCUUACAAAAGAAAAAGAUAUAGCGCACACAAAAAUAUCGUAAAACCAUUCCUAAAUCGUCACAAAAAUCUAAAUGUUAUAUUUUAAGUAAUUUGCGUUGUAUAUCUGAAUAAUGUGUGUUUUGUUAUGUGCUUUUACUGUGAAGCAUAAGAAAAAAAUCGUACCGACGACAUCGAUUUAAUAAUACUAUCUUAUAUUCAUUAUUCUUAUUGCAUAUAUAUAAACACACGUAUAUAACCAAUCUAAUUCAAACCAAUCCAGUGAAAUAUAUCUUAUUCAAAGAACAUGCAAUGAAAACAAUUUUGCUAUCCCUAUAUUAUUUGAUAUAUCUUUCUAAUCUUUUUUUUUAAGCUAAGGUAGAGCCAUACUUGAAUAAUCUACAUUUGAGUCUCUCAAAUAUAAACUAAUUAUACAACACUUACUUCUAGUUCUUAUCUCGUUAUUCAUGCUCGUAAAUGAUUUGCUUUUUUUCGAAUAAUCCUCUCAAUACUUAACAAAACUUAAUGAAGUAUUAGUUAAAGUAUCAUAUUAAGCAUUUUAGUUGUGUAAAAAUUUCAUUACAAAUAAAUCAUAAAAAUAUGAAUAAACUUCACAGUAUAGGCCUACCUUUAAAAAAAGAAUCGUUCUAACUAUUAAUCAGUGCUGUAUUUGCUAUGCACUAAAUGAGAAAACUUUUUAUAUUUGCUUCAUUAUAUUACUUACUAAUUUUCUAACUAGGGUUUUCUUGUCUCUAGUAAGCUAUAUGCUGAUAUUGCUAUGAUUUUUUUCUUUCCUUAUCUUCACAAGUUUUUUAUAUGUAAUUUUUAAGUUUUACUGCGGAUAGCCAUUCGAUGAACAUUUCUUUUUUCCAAAUAUCGCUUUGUGAUAUUACUGUAAAAGUCUCUCCUAUAAAUAAGGAUACGAUUUGUCACUGGGUUUGUCUAUAGACGUAGCACUAAUAAUUCAUUUUAAAUGAAAGACCAUUUAUGUUAGCUUGUUGAAAAAUAACGAUGUCAUUUAUGCAGCUAACAAAAAAAAUUCAUUUCAGCAAGUUCGUUAAAAUUAAUUCAUUAUUUAUUAAUGCCAAUGCCAAUAUUCUUGAAGUUGGUAUUGCGGAGUAUUUUUUUAAUCAAAUAAUUGCAACAAAUCGUAUCCGAUGAGAGGAAAAAAGCCAUCAUUAUAUUUUACUCCUUACAAAAAGCGCGAGCCUGCGUGUGAAUAGAAAAACUGUGCGAACGAUGUAAGUUCACACCCAAUAUACAUAAAUACGUGCAGGAUAUUUAGGAAAAGUAAUAUUCACUCGAGGAGGAACGGGGCAACGUAUUCCAAUGAAAAUAAUGAGUCAUUUUUUGUUGCCUCGUUAAAAAUAAAGGAACGAACGUGUCAGUUUGUAUCACAAACAAUAAACAGUUAAAAACAAAUA